AUGGAUGAAGACGACUGUCUAUGUAGAGCUUUAUGGGCAGAUCCUAUUUGCCGGAGAAAUUAUACCGUAUUUGGUGAUAUGCUCUCGUUUGAUACAACCUACCAAAGCAACAGAUAUAAUAUGGUAUUUGGUCCAUUCACGGGAGUCGAUCACCACAAGAAAUGUGUCACUUUUGCUGCUGGUUUUAUUGCAAAGGAAGAUGUUGCUUCUUUCGAAUGGCUAUUUAGAACAUUUGUUAAGGCAAUGGGUGGUAGGGAGCCCAAUUGUUUAAUUACGGAUCAAGAUCCAGCUAUGAAAAUUGCUGUAAAUUCUGUUUUCCAACAAUGUGAGCACAAAUUUUGUAUGUGGCACAUAAUGAAAAAGCUGCCCGAUAAAGUUGGAAGGAAUAUCAUUCAGGAUACUGAAUUUUUGAAGGAACUCAGUAAGUGUGUUUGGAAUUUAGAAAUUGAGGCACCUGAAUUUGAAGAGAAGUGGAACAAUGUUCUUGUUGAGUUUAAAUUACAAGAUCAUGAUUGGUUGAAUUUGAUGUUUGAGAUGAGAGCUAUGUGGAUUCCAGCGUAUUUUAGAGAUGUCUUUAUGGGUGGUAUUAUGAGAACUACCUCAAGGUCAGAGAGUGAGAAUAAUUUUUUUACAUCCGUUGUAAAUCCUCACGUGUCUCUUGUGGAGUUUUUCAUGAGGUAUGAAACUGCGUUGGAUGCACAGAGACAUUGUCAGGCAGAGAAUGACAAUGAAUCACAGGAGAAAUUCCCUCAAUGUAAGACAGAAUUGUUGAUUGAGAGGCAUGGUUCUGAGGUGUACAUAGUUUCUGUAUUUUAUGAAUUUCAAGAUGAAGUUCAUAGUGCUUUUUAUUGUUGUGGUGUAGAUGAAUUGAGGAAGGAAGAUGGUAUUGAUGUAGCAAUUGUUACUGAGGCAAAUAGGAGAAGGACAUUUAAAGUUUUGUUUGAGUGCUUUAGUCAUGACACUACCUGCUCUUGUAAGAAGUUUUAUAGGAUAGGAAUCCCAUGCAGACAUAUGAUAUGGAUGUGGAAGGCAAAGAAUUUAAAAAGCAUUCCAAAGCAAUAUAUCUUAGAUCGUUGGACAAUAAAUGCUACUCAGAAACCAGUGUUAGAUAUAAGUUGUUUAGACACCGAAGAUGAUAGGCGGGUGGUUAUAAAUGAAAUGUGGUCGGAGAUAUUUUCUUGUGUGAGUUUGGUUAAAGGUCAUGAGGAGGACUUUAUUAAGAAUAUUCGAGAGUUCAAGAAUAAAAUUGAAGCGACAAAAAAUGUUACUUUGGAAGAUACUCAGAAUGUAAGAUCUAGUGAACAUGAUAUUGAGAUGUUAAUAGGAUAUAGCAUUCCUGAUGAAAUACUUGUUCAGCCUCCUAAAGUGUCGAAGAAUAAAGGUACAGGUGUUCACGAUGGCUCUGGAACUAGUGGGUCUAAAAGAUUAAAGGGUGCCAAAGAAAUAGCGGUUGAACAAUCUAAAAAGAAAACGAAGAGGAAAUGCAGUGGCUGUGGCCGAGCUAACAUAUCAUGA